AUGGCAGGAAAAGUUCGCAAAAUAAUGAAUACCAUGCUCAGCAUUGCCCAUAAAGAAUGGGGCCUAAAUCAAAAGGCGAUUGUAACGUUAAACAAAGCCUGCAUAGAACCGGCUAUCCUGUACGGUGCACCUUUCUGGGGUGAGAAAAUUGAUAAGAUCAACAUCAAACGCAAAUUAAACUCGAUACAAAGACCUUUGCUUAUUAGACUAUGUAGAGCAUACCGGACGACGUCAAACGCCGCACUUCAGGUACUUGCAGGGUGUGCUCCACUACACUUGAAAGCCAAGAAAUUAACAUGGACAUGGACACUUAAAAAUAUACUCAUUACUGACGACGGCAACAAUAACCUAAAGAAGUAUGCAGAGAUAGGAAUUCUCCAUAACCUAGACUACACUUUUCUCAAAAACUUUGUGCAGGAAGGCAUAAUAAAAAAGAUUAAUACCUAUACUCAUCCUGCAAGCAAUAACAAAGUGGAGAUAACAGAGGUUAAUGCAGACUCAAUUCCUAAACAUCUCAUAUUUACGGACGGCUCUAAAAACAAUAAUAAUGUAGGAGUAGCAUUCAUCCAUUUUAUACACGGCAACUCACAGUACAGACACGAAGCUGGUUUUAAACUGGUUAGCUACACCACGGUGCCAGAAGCUGAAAUAUAUGCCAUCUAUCAAGCCAUCUCUUAUAUCUACACUCUUAAAAAUUACAGAGGACAUUUGAGAAUAUGCACCGAUAGCAAAACGGCAUUACGCAGGAUAAAUAGUGAAAAUUCAAAAUGCUACACGACAAAUCUUAUUCGGAACAAAUUGACUAAUUUGCACAGCUUUAAGGUGAGUUUCGCCUGGGUGAAAGGGCAUUGUGUAAUUCAAGAAAAUGAGGCAGCUGAUAGACUGGCGAAGCAAUUUGCAAAGAGUGAACAUAACAUCAUAUAUACUGAACUCACGGAAAAGAAUAUAAAAAACUUGCUUCAAGAAACCGUCAUCCAAUUAUGGCAAAUGGAAUGGGAGAAAGGAUACACGGGGAGAGUAACAUAUGGUUUCAUACCAAACAUUCAACAUCGUCUCAAAAUGAAGCAUCUGAAUAUUAACAACAUAAUGUCACAGACUUUAACGGGUCAUGGAAAUCUCAGACAGUACCUGCAUAGAUUUGGAUUAAGAGACAACGAACUUUGUGAUUGUGAUGGUACAUCUCCUCAAGACAUCAAUCAUCUCAUAUUCAGCUGCAACCUUUUUGACAGGGAGCAUAGCUCUCUCAUUCAAAAUACUAUUCAACAUGGCCUUAAUUGGCCAUGUCAGCCACAUCAUUUUGUGAACAAUAGUGAUCUCUAUCAUGAACUACAAACAUAUAUCACCAGAACCAAAGCACUAGAGACUAACUUCAGAAGAACAUAA